UGUUACCUAUCCCAUUUCACCUUAUUCAAAAAUUUUUUAUCCAUGCCCCCCCCCCCCCCUUCCACAUGGGAAAAAAACUUGAGUAAUAACCCAUUUUUCAUAAUCAAACAACUCUUAUCAAGCUACAAACCAUUUGUAUUUAUUCACAGCACGUUGUUCGUAUUCAAAGCUCUAAAAAAUGUGUGACAAUGAUAACGAACCAUACAAAAGGCUGCACUUUUCUUAGAUACUCACAUAACCUUCACAAUGACCACAGUUGUCCAGAAAGUGUGCUAUAUUUCCACUAAUGUAUCCCUCGCAAUCAUAUGUACUGCUCUUUUCAUGUUUAGCAUGCAUUUUUAUUCAAGAUCUGAGAACAAAUCUGGACAGCUGAAAGACGCUUCGAUAUGCAUGUUUGCAUCUACUAUUCUAAUUGUUUUUGAACGAGUGUUGUUUUGGAGUCGGGAAAAUAAUAACGAGAAAUUUGGUGAACUUGCUUAUUGUAUAUUCGUUUUCGUCAGGAUUUCUAUUUAUUUAGUGACAAUUUUUUCCGAAGUUGUGUUUUUAAAGAUGGGAUCAGACGACGCACCAAUCUCCUUUUUAUGUUUCACGUCGGUUUUGUUCGUUUAUGCCUGCAUUUAUGUGAAAUACGUGAUUUUAUGUUUUCAUGUUAUGUUUCACUGUACUCUUCAACAGGUCCCAACUACCGAGCCCCAGGAAGUUGUUGUUUCCGAAUGAUUGUACUAUGAUAUUAUCUUGACACUACCACUACAUUUUUCUAAUUUUCUCAUUUUACCCCUGCCGAGUAAUGUAUUAUCAAUAAAUUCAAAUACAA